AUGACGCUUCACAUUUUUGCUAGAAUCGGUGUGGGUAGAAAUAAACGUGAGUUUUAUUUAAAACGUAUGAAACGAGAGGUGAGAGAAAGAUGGAUAAAUACGGACGUUUUAAUUAUUGACGAAAUAUCAAUGAUUAAUGCCAAAACAUUUGAUUUAUUGCAUGAAAUAGCAAGCAAAGUAAGACUUGAAAACGAGGAACUCUUUGGAGGUAUGCAAGUUUUUGCGUGUGGAGAUUUGUUGCAAUUAAAACCAAUCGAAGGUGAUUAUAUUUUUAAAUCAAAAGUUUGGAAAAAAUACAUGUCAAGUUCUAUGAUACUGACAAAAUGUUAUCGACAAAAAGAGGAUCCUCUUUUUUUUAAUGCCUUAAAUGAGAUACGAUUGGGAGAAGUGAGCGAGGCAGCUGUACAAUAUUUAAUGCGAAGGCAUUUUACAAGUGAUAACUUAAUUGACAAUAGUUAUCUCAGAUUAUUUUUCUUAAGAGGAAACGUUUUUAAAUAUAACGAAUUAAAAAUGGCCGAUUUAAGGGGGAAAGCAAUAUAUUUCAAGGCUAAAGAUAAUAUUUUAGAUAAAAGUAUAACUCUAACUUCGUUUCAAAUUCCACCCGAUGUCACAGUCAAAUUGGGAGCCGUUGUCAUGUUGCUAAAAAAUAUCAACGUAGAAGAAGGUUUAUGUAACGGAGCUGUGGGAAAAAACUAG